AUGAGCCCACUCCACCAUAUCCUUCUUUCGACACUGGUUACCAUUUAUAUGUGCUUGUCAGCGGUCUCUGCCUACUCUGUUGGACCCAACCCCAACCCCAAGACAUCAACACAAGGACCCGAAAUUUCUAGAAGAUCAAUAUUCUUUGCACCAAUUGUGUUUGCUACUGCUUCUAUGGGUACUGCAAACAAUGUUCAUGCCUUGGAUAUGGACGGAUUCAUGAAUUCAGAACUUCAGAAGGAUUCAAAACCGGAUCAAGGUAUGUCCGCUGACGAAGCUCUUUGCCGCUUCGGGUCGCCAAGCCCCGAAACAGGUAAAGCCUGUGUCCGGGCAGGAAUGUCACCAGAGCGGAAGGGAAAGCCGGUCGAUGCGUUUGGCAAGAUCGACAGGGGCGAAUACGUAAGAUGCAAGUCGUUCUGGGUUGAAGGAGCGAGCGGAAAGUUGGAGAAGCAAUGGAAUUGUCAAUAG